GGUUGGUGGUGCGGUGUAUGAUUUGAGAUUUGAGUUAGCUCCACCGAUGAGUUGGAGCUAACUCAAAUCUAUUCUAAUCUAAGACCUAUUGCAAAGAAAUUCAGAGGUAUCAUUUCAACAUCCCAAUUCCAGGAAAGAGGGGAGGAGGUUUUUAACUUCACUGAAAUGCUGGGCAGAGCGGUUGUCUGCCUCUCAAGACGUUUGUGGUUCUUCUGUCACUGGCCAUUUGCAGCUUGUUAUCUUUCGGUUGCUUUUUUAAAACAUACGUUGCGAAAGCAAACAUCUUUGUUAUCUGCUAUCAACACCUGUCUCCACACUCUUCUAAAACUUCCUUAAUAAAUACUCCGUCCAGAUUGGGUCCCAGGAGUGACAGAGUGGCUACUGUGCCAUUUCCCUUCCAAGUGGCCAUUUAGUCAUGUUUGCUGACUUCAGCUACUUACUGCUGUUUUAUGCUUGGCCACAAUUUCAUUGGCGUGACAGUGCUGCUUGGCUUUAUAAAAAGAUUAGUUUUGUAGAUAAGGCUAUACCAAAUUCUGCUUGUGAUCCUAGGAUUUAGUCUGAAUGCUGCUUCUCCAUUCACUGCCCCUUCCCCAAGGUUUUCUGUCAAUUCUCUGAAAGCUGGCCUCCUGUAAGUUUAAAAUUGCAACCUCCAACUCAGCUGUCAUUCCUGAUAGUUACUUCCUAUGAUCUCUUUGAUGUUUUCCAGGAGAGAGUUUUAAAUUUGGCUGCUUCUAAUUAUCCUGCAAGCGUGCACACACACACACACACACACACACACACACACACACAAAACAAAACAAAAAAAAGAAAAGAAAGAAAAAGGCUCUUUUGUCCCUGAGCUAAAUCCUCUGUGUGAGAAACACAGCCCAAAACAGUAGCUACGUUUCUUGGUUUCUCAAGGGAAACGCUGCUUCACUGGAGUGGCUUCUAGUCUAGACCCGGCAGCUAUCACAUGUUAACUUUCAAAGAAAAAGAAGUCAAGAUGGACUCAGGGUAUGAGACAAGAAUUCUUGAGCACAAGCACUUUGUGCAAGUGAGCAAGUGUCCCUGCUGGGAAGCAACCAUAGCAGUGAGUUGAAAAAACAGGAAUCUUCACUGUCCUCAUUGAAGCCUUGAGAAGUUCAUUUCUUUACAACCUGGAAGAGAGUAAGAAGCCUUGCUGGUCCUCUUCUCAUGGCUAUUUGAGGCUCUCUCUGCCUUCGUCAUCCCCCAUCAGACACAGUGACAGAGCAGCCUGGGCUGCCUGGGGUUGACAGAUGGGCCAGUGCCCAGCACUGGGUCCCUUUGCUGCAAUAACCACCCAGCUGGCUGCUCAAGCACAGAAAAGCAGGCUGCCUCUGCUCAGGAGGGAGACACUCAAAACAGUUCCAGGAGCUGGAGUCUGGGGCUGCAGCACCCCCUCUUCUGUCUAUCUGGUUUGCUCCUGUCCCCCAGAGAAAUGGAGCAGAGCAUGCUUUAGUCUGUAUGUUCAAUUUUUUCCCCUGUCCUUCUGGAGACCACAUUGUUUUAAAGAACUGUAAUAGCAGAAGAAGAAUAGAGGAAUCACGCUCUCUGAAGUGUGCAUGCCUGCAUCUCAUCAUAUAAUCUGAGGGGAUAUCAAAAUGAAUCUAAAUGAUGAAUAGGAUCUAGAUAAUUACAUCCAAUAUGUAGCUUCUGAUUACCCAAACCAGUGGCUGGUUUUUAUGGCCCUUCUGCUCUGUCAGAUCACAUAAUGCCUUCUUGCCUUAGGUCCCCCACCUGUGAAAAGAACUGUCUCAGUACUCACUUGCCUUAUAAUAUGCUCUCUGAUUUUAAGUUGGAAAAUGCUGUAUUUGAGUUUAGUGUCCUAGCAGCUUAAGGGAGAGGCUCAGGGGCUUCAAAGGUGCACAUUCAUUAAUCAUCUAAUGAAUUAUUUUUUUUUUAGGUUGUAAUUGACUAGACAGGUCCCAUAUGUAGGGUUUGUUUACAUUGCACAGUUUUUAUGCGCACAAAUGCAUAUAUUGGGAUGGCUUAGAGCCUGGACAAAAGCUUGGGGAUUUAUUUAUUUAUUUUUGUUUCAGUGGGUAGAUUUGAUCUAAUUGGAUAACAGCAAUGAUACAUAUUUUCACAGUACCAGUUGUCCUUUAUCUGGUCAAUCUAAGAACAAAGGCUUACUGGUUGUGAUUUAUUUUUUAAGAUCUCUAUUAUGGCCUAGGUGAGUAUUGUACACAAACUCCUUUUCAGCAGGCUUACCAUGAGAUUAAAAGAAAGAGGGUGCUCUUUGAAGGUCUUUUGAAGGUUCUGAGAAAUUUUACCAAUUAAAAAAUACAGAUAGCCCUUCACAGUUAGUAUGUAUAACCAGUCUCUUAGAAAGAUGUCUGUAAGUGUCGCCAUGAGUGAAGAAAAUCAUGUAAGAAUAUUAGAUAAGGAUAUUUAACUUGUUCUGCACUUCUCUGAGAAGCAGAAAUGACUCUCUUUGUGGAAUUGUGGCAUGACUGGAUACAGAGGUAUAACAGAACAGAGAGGCUCUUUCAUUUGUAUGGCAGGAAGGGACCAGGAAUUGAAGAAUGAGAUUGGGAAAAGCAAAUUUUUCUGUUCACGUGAACUUAGUAGCAUAUAGGCAGCCAAGUCCCCCAAAAUCUGAUCCAAAAGGCCCUUCCUUCAGCUAGUCAACCUGCACAGCACCACCAUGUGUCCUUCUGCUACUCCCAGUACGUGCAGCCAUUGCACAGGUGCACCUCAGGGUGAGGAGCCUUGCACAGCAGUUACAGACCCUCUGGAGACCGAUGUGAAAAGACAACAGCUUUAUAUCCUUGGGGGAGCCUUCAUGGAGCACUUUAUUGGUACCUUUAUUAUAUAUACACAACACUCACCUGUCAUCCAGUGGCCUACAGAAAAUGGCCUAGAUGUUUUUGUGAAAGUUAGCAUGAGCAAACAAUUUGCAUCCUUCUUGUGUGUGUGUGUGCGUGCAGUUAAAUAAAAAUUUACCAGCUUUACCUCUGUCUAGUCUUUAUCUGCUGACCACAUCCCACAGACCUAAAUUACGAGUAUUCUUGGUCACAAGACUUCAUCUGUAUAGAAUUACUUCAGACAGUCUGUUCUUGUGGUGGGCAACACAACUUCUCUCACUGACUGAGUCAUCAUCUAGGGAAAUCCUCCAUAGGAGGAUAUCAGGGUCACUGCAAUGAGUUACUGAAAAAAAUCUUAAACUCUUUAAAGCUUGUUGUUAAUUGUAUCAAACAGUUCUCUAGAGCCUGUCCAGUUAGCCAGCACUUCUGAUGUUUUGUUCCCCAAAAGCUCUGGCUGAAAAUGCAAAACUAUUUAGGUCAGCUGAUUAUUUUCAUGAGUACACGAGUGCCUAUCAGUUGAGCCAGCUUGUGCUGGUUCAUAUUUGACCUAGGUUAUGUGGCAGAAACAGGAGGUGCUGCUGAGGAGAGUAAGCAUGCUACUAAAAGCUGUGCAAAACCACUUCGGAGACUGAAAUUUUCCUUUCGUAUCACUUUUUAAAUAGCAAGUGAACAUUCUCAGCCAUCAACAAGGAGAAAAAUAGGCUAUACUGCAGGCCCUGCUCACUGACCGCUUCUGUCGAUGUCCUAAGAUGUACACAGCUGUGCUGAGAAGGACAGGCAGCACUACAACAUCCACUCUCAGAUUCAUGAUGUUACAUCAACAGCUAGUACUUGUUUUUGGAAUAUCACUAGCUAGAGAUAUAUUUGCACCUAGAUGUUAUUCAGAAGCCCAAGUUGCCAUGUAUAAUUCGUGCAACCUCACAGCUAUUCCACCUGUGCCAAAGAACACCAUGAAGUUUUUGCUAAAUUUCAACUAUAUCAGAGAAGUGAAUGCAUUUUCAUUUCCACUGCUGGAGCAUUUGUUGCACUUGGAAAUUGGAAGCCAAUAUGUCUCACCUGUUAUCAUAGGAAAAGAAGCUUUCAGGAACCUGCCAAACCUCCGUGUCUUAGACUUAGGACAAAAUGAGAUUCUUCAGCUGGAUCUUGAUGCUUUUGUGGGCUUGACAAGUUUGACUGAACUCCGGCUGUUUCACAACAACCUUGGAGCUUCCAUCCUGGAGGAGCAUUACUUUCAAGAUUUGAUCUCAUUAGAAAAAUUGGAUCUUUCAGGAAACCAAAUAACAAAACUUCAGCCUCAUUCCUUGUUUUAUAAUCUAACAGUCUUGAAAAGUGUGAACCUGGCAUUCAAUGACAUAUCCAAACUGUGUGAAAGCAAUCUUACCAGCUUCCAAGGAAAACACUUUUCAUUUUUUAGCCUCCGUGAUACUUAUUUGUAUAAGAUUAAUGAAACCGUCUGGGCCAAAUGCCCAAAUCCUUUCAGAAACAUUACCUUUAACUUACUGGACGUUAGUCAUAGUGGCUGGAGCGCAGAGAAAGUCCAGCAUUUCUGUACAGCCAUUAAAGGGACUCCAAUCAAUAAUUUAAGUUUUAGCUUUCAUACAAUGGGCUCAGGAUUUGGAUACAAUAACUUAAAAAAUCCAGAUAAUGAUACAUUUACAGGGCUAGCAAAAAGUGAUCUUCGUGUGCUUGAUAUUUCCAAUGGUUACAUUUUCUCUCUCAAUUCAUUAAUCUUUAAAAGCCUUGGUAAUCUGGAAUCACUAAACCUUUUCAGAAACAAGGUGAAUCAGAUCCAAAGGCAAGCAUUUUUUGGCUUGGGAAAACUAACAACUCUCAAUCUCUCAAGUAAUCUUUUAGGUGAGUUGUAUGAUUACACUUUUGAGGGGUUACAUAGUGUAAUGUACAUUGAUUUGCAGCAAAACCAUAUUGGUAUGAUUGGUCAAAAAUCAUUCAGUAAAUUAGUAAAUCUGAAAAUAAUCAAUCUGAGAGACAACGCCAUUAAAAAACUCCCUUCCCUUCCACGUCUGACAUAUGCCUUUUUAGGUGAAAAUAAGUUAAUGUCUGUAUCUGACACAGCAAUAGCUGCCACGUAUCUUGAAUUAGAAAGAAAUUGGUUGGCAGAUCUGGGUGACCUGUAUGUUAUUUUCCAAGUUCCAGGUGUGCAGUAUAUCUUCUUAAAACAGAAUCACUUCUCUUACUGUGAGAAAAGUGUUACUGUUACAGAAAAUAAUCAGUUAAUUUUUAUGGAUCUAGGAGAAAACAUGUUACAGCUUGUGUGGGAGAGAGGUUCAUGUCUGGAUGUGUUCAGGCCACUGUCCAAACUUCAGGUUCUAUUUCUGAACAACAACUACCUUAAUGCUCUUCCACAGGGAAUUUUUAGUGGCCUAAUAUCUCUAGAAGGACUUAAUUUGGCUUCCAACCUCUUGUCUCAUCUCUCUCCUGGGAUUUUUCCAAAAAGCCUAAGACACCUAAACUUGUCUGGAAACCAGCUUUUUUCCCCUGAGCCUGAAGUCUUUAUGUCUUUGAGAACUCUGGAUAUAACACAUAACAGCUAUGUCUGUGAUUGUACUUUAAAGAGCCUACUAGUGUGGCUAAAUGAAACCAAUGUAACUCUAGCUGGCUCACAGUUUGACAGGUACUGUGUGUACCCACCUAUGUUGGCAGGGGAACCACUAUCAUUUCUGACACAUGAUUGCGAUGAAGAUGAACUCCAGCAGGCACUCAGAUUCUCAGUAUUCAUCUUCACGUCCACCACCCUUCUAAUGUUUUUAAUGGCAGUCAUCAUUUUUACUCGCUGUCGUGGGAUUUGUUUUGUCUGGUAUAAAACUAUCACAAAACAAUUGAUAGACAGACAUCCACCAGCAGCAGGUACAAGUGAAUACAAGUAUGAUGCAUAUUUGUGCUACAGCAAAAAUGAUUUUGAAUGGGUCCAGAAUUCUUUGCUAAAGCGCCUGGAUUCACAGUAUUUUGAUAAAAACAGAUUUACCUUGUGCUUUGAGGAACGAGAUUUCAUGCCUGGGGAAGAACAUAUCAACAAUAUUCGUGAUGCCAUUUGGAACAGCAGAAAAACAAUUUGCAUUGUGACCAGACAGUUUCUCAAAGAUGGGUGGUGUGUGGAAGCCUUUAAUUUUGCCCAGAGCAGGUACUUUAGUGAUCUGAAAGAUGUCCUCGUUAUGGUAGUAGUUGGGUCACUUUCUCAGUAUCAACUGAUGAAGCACAAACCAAUUCGAAUCUAUUUACAAAGGAGUCAAUAUCUGCGAUGGCCUGAAGAUUAUCAAGAUAUAGAAUGGUUUUUAAAUAACCUUUCUUACCAAAUUCUGAAGGAAAAAAAAGUGCAAAGGAAUGUCGAUGGUAUAGAGCUGCAGACUGUAGCGACACUCUCACAUUGACAGUGUAUGGGUUGUGGCUUUCCAGAUGCCCUUUUUCUAGCUGUGCCAGGGCAGGAAGAAACAGAAGCUUUGCUUCGUUCUUCCAUGAAGAAGCAGGUAGAAACAAAACUGUUUCAGUUUUAAUCCUACUAAAUGUAGAAACAACUUGAAAGCAACCAGCAAAUACGAGGAAGUGCAAUUAUUUUAUGGACUAUGGCACCCAUUUUCAGACAAAUUAAUGAAUCACAAAUGCCUCACAUUUCUCACAUUUUGGAUGCUUAGUUUCAAACAACUUAAUACUAUUUACAGACUGCUACAUACUUACAGGUCUCUGUUUCAGUGAGAGGAGGAAGCCCAUUUUUUUUUCCCCCUAAAAAAAGAGUCCAUUAUACUGUACAUGACCCGCGUAUGUUUUCAUGUAUAGCCUAAUGUGAUCAUUGGUUUAUUGAUUACUUGCUCCUGUGCUUUCUCAACUCAGUAAGUUUUCAUGCCCUAUUUCAAAGUAGCAUUAGUGUUUUACACCUUUAUGCUUUAAAUUGGUGAUGCACAGAUCUUAUUUAUUUGUUCUCUAUUAAAUUAUCCACAGCUUCUCAACUGCAAUGUACAACUUAAGAAUUUCAUUCAUCCCCUUCCCCUCCACAACUUCUGUUUGGUGGUAAAACUACAGUCAUUGGGCUACUUCAUUUGCUGCUGUUUCAGUCUGGCACUUUCUCAGUUGAGCUGCCUCCAGCCCUGCAGAGAGAAAUGAGCAUCACCUACAGAUCUGAAGCAAGCCUGGAAAACCAAACAAACCAUCUUGAAAAACAAACAAGAAACUACCUCAGCAGCCAUGGGGGCUGUACACCAGU